CCUGUUUUGCUUCCCAACGCUUCUUUUCACGAUGACGAAGUUCGCCGAAGCACGUCUGUCCCAAAACGGAAAGUUAGGGCUUAGGGUUUGCGCACCUCUAGGCUGCAGGUCGUUUUUACCUCCUUACCUUCGCCUUACGAUCGAUACAUCUCGCAUUCAUCAAGCGAGGAGCGCAAAGGCCCCCAUAUCCCAGUCAUCUUAACCACCGACAGUGAAGCAGGCGGUUCCUGGCUGCAGGUUGUUGCCCUCUCACUCCCAUCCGGUCUUUGAAUAGGGCCCUUCGUAUCGAACAGUACAGCUGCUAUUGUGAUCUCGACCACAGAAUCAGUUGCAUUGGAUCUCAAUUCCAGCUCCCAGGUUCCUGGAUUGUUGAAGAUCCGUUGUAAUCUGGAGUAGGUUGUUUCCACCACCUUAUUCGUGGUGUUCCUGAAAAUGAUGAUUAGCUAAGAGAGCUGUCUGUCGCUUGUAUGGAGUUCUAGUAGUACAGCAGCUCUCCAUCAGCCCAGGCAUGCGCAGUCAUGGCUCUACUUCCAGCAAUAACAGCUGCCCUCUAUUUUACCCUCUAUCCAGCCAUCUACUUGGCGCAUUGCAUGGUUGCUGCACUGCAGCUCUUUCUCUCGCCGUUUGUGGAUCUGGGAUUGCUUGUUCUCCACACUGCGCUUCUCCCUUGGAGAAUCCUAGCCAAGUUUCAAGCACUCUUCGAAUUCCUCGCCAUAGCAACGCUGGCGGGUGUAAUUGCGGGUCUGGUACUGCAUUACACCAGCACCUUUCUCUACAGAGUAUUACGUCUGUCUUCCGAACCAACAACACCUUUGUCAGGUCGCAAGAAGGGCUUGAGGGCCGUUCAAAGCCCUUCACGGACAUAUAAGACUCACGAGAACCGGUUGUCGGAAAUCCCCAUGGUGAAAGGUCCUGUUUCCAUCGGCAGUCCGAAAUCAACAGGAUAUCCCUCCGCAGAGUGGAGGAGUCGGAAUAUGAGAGGGCUGCAGCACAGCAGACUGUUUACCUCGACAAUAUUCGAAGGAGACAGUCAAGAGUCUGAUGAACCUGAAGGCAAUGAAUGAUAGAAAUGGCAUAGCACCAUAACAUCCAACAAGAUUAUGAUUGUAAUCUUCAAUUGAGCUGGACGGAACGGCCCUGAAUCCCCUAUUGACGAUCAGAUCAUGAAGUUCACUUGAGGUUAGCCGUUGGCAGCGUCUUGGCUCAUCAGCAUCUCUACUGCAUGUAGAUUCAUCAACAGUUGAUUAUCACUAUCCACUAAUAUUAAUAAUACUCCGUAUUAGAAUCA